AUGCACCUUCGCAGCGCAGCCCCCGCCCUCAGAGCCGCCGCCAGGCUGCCCCCCAGACACCUCUCCACCACCGCCGCCCGCCUCGCCAUCCCCGACCCUGCCGCAGACAAGACAACCCACUUUGGCUUCCGAGAUGUCCCCGAAUCACAGAAAGAGUCUCUUGUCGGCUCUGUCUUCAGCUCGGUCGCUUCCAGCUAUGAUAUCAUGAACGACUCGAUGUCCCUCGGUAUUCACCGUCUCUGGAAAGACGAAUUCGUCUCUUCCAUGCUCCCCCGUCUCCCCCCGUCCUUCCACCGCAACGCCUCGGAUCCCGUCUUAGCAGACAAGCCAGUAUUCAAGUGUCUCGAUGUCGCCGGAGGUACCGGUGAUAUCGCUCUGAGAUUACUGGACCGAGCCAAGGACAAGUUUGCGUGCAGGGAUAUCGAGGUCGAGAUCGUCGAUUUGAAUGAGGGCAUGUUGAACGAGGGCAGGAAGAGGGUCACAAAGACCAUGUACUACAACACCCCUCAGAUCGCCUUCACCCACGGCAACGCCCAACAACUCCCCACCCACAUCGCCGACAACUCUAUCGACCUCUACACCAUCGCUUUCGGUAUCCGAAACUGCACAUCCCUUCCCGCCGUCCUCUCGGAAGCUUACCGCGUGCUCAAGCCCGGAGGCAGAAUUGGUGUGCUUGAGUUUGGCAAAGUGCAGAACCCUCUCUUGCGGGAAGUGUACAGGCAGUACUCUUUCCAAUUCAUCCCCGUGAUGGGCAAAAUCCUUGCCGGAGAUGCGGAGAGCUACCAAUACCUCGUGGAGAGUAUUGAGAGGUUCCCCAGCCAGCCCGAAUUCGCCAAGUUGGUGCAGGAGGCUGGCUUCAAGACCGGGCAAUUGAAGGAGGGCAAGGGUGGUGCGUGGGUUGACUUUACCUUUGGUAUCGCAACCAUGUGGACUGGUGUCAAGGCUUAA